AUGGCGACCGAGCGGCUGCUCAAGACGACGCUCGCGCUGUACCACGACGGCGGCCAUCCACACCAUCCGCAACCACCCAGCGACCGCAUCUUUGCCAGCACCACCUCGCUGCUGACGACGCUCACAAAUCCGCUCAAUGUCACGCUCCUGACCUCGCACUUUCUGACGGCCCCGGCCAUCUGGGGCCCGCUCGCGGGCCCAGCGGCCACAGCCUCGUCCGAAUCGGCCGCGCAGACGUGCUUCCGCGUCGUCAGCGUCUUCAACACGGCCGGCCUGCACGUGCGGCGGCACGAGCUCGAAGAGGCAGCGGCCCACCGGGCAGGGCUGGCCGGGUCGGCGGCGUACCGGCGGGGCGUCAAGGAGGACCGGCGGCCGGGAAGUGAAGACUGGGCGCGGGCGGUGGCCCAGGGCGCCGACGGCAAGUCGCCGCGCUGGCGGCAUUUGUUGGUGCUGGUGGGCGUGCUGUUGGGGCUGGGUGGCGGCGACAAAACGUCUCCGCAAAAGCAAGCACAGACGCAAGAGACGCUGUCGCGCAGCCGGCGGGCGGCCCUGGAGCAGGGCGUGGUGGCGGCGGCCAACCUGGCGCUGGCGGAGCACCACCACCCCGAGGACCCCGAGCACGCGGUGAGCCGGUACGCCGUGGUGAUGGGCCUCAACUACGCGUUGUCCCUGCUGUCGGAGCACGCACGGGCAAACCUGCAGACGGACGCGCUGCUGCCGGCGAUCGCCGACGUGCUGGCCGGACCGUUUGGGUUUGACGGCGGGCGGAUCGUGGAGGCGGUGGCGCGUGACCCUCUCGUGUCGCUGCAACCGCCGCCCAAUAGCGGCCUGCACUGGCCCGAGGCGUCGGGGUCGUUCCAGCACCUGCGGCGCCGCGAGACACAACAGGCCCUGUCGAUUGUGGCCAGCGCGGGCCCGCUCGCGACCAUGGCGGCGUUUGCCGUGGAGCGUGCGGCAUCGCCGCAGGCCGUGCUGGUGGUGCUUGACGCGCUGCUGGCCCUGGCGGACUCGGCCGGCGCGCGCUGGACCGCGGCACGGAUACUCCAUAGGCCCGCCCUCGCACCAGCAGAAGGGGCAGCGGCGCUCCUCAGUGCCGAGACGGCACAGACGACAUGGCCGCUGCUGUGGCAGCACCUCAAGAAGAUUUUGUACACGGCGGCGGUCGUGCUGCAGGCCAUUGUCGGACGCAGCCUGCUGGACCGCGCGCUGGCCUCGGACAGCGUCGCGCCGCAGCUGGCGGUCAAGGCCCUGCGCGUGCUGCACGGGCUGGACUUUGUGGCGUCGCACGACGGCGCCGGCCACUUCCAGGCGUACCAGUUUGCCUAUCUGGCGUCCAUUGACAUUCUGGCGCGUUAUCCGCGUGCCGCGGCAGAGUUCUUGAGCCAAUUGGUGGCUGCCCGGCCACCUGCUACGACUGCUACGACAGACGACCCUCUACGGUUAACAUCCGACCUCUUCUACCUUAACCUCGCCGAGCACUUUGCCGCCGUCCUGCCCGUCGAGGACUGCGACCGCCUCCUCAUCCAGCCGGCGCUGCCGUACGUGGCGCCCGCGACCGUCUCCGCCCUGCCCUCCCACAUUGCCUACUCGCCGCGCAUGGUCGAGGUCUUUGAGGCGGCACACAGCGCCACGCUCUCUGUGCUGUCGUGCCCACACAACGCUGCCAUUGCCGCCGCCCUCGGCCCCGUGUACGCCGAGGCCCUCUUUGCGUCGUUCCCCGCGCGCAUCUCUGCGCGCCAGUUCCGCCUCGCGUUCAAGACGCUCAUCCAGAUCCUCUCGCCGCCGUUCCCCGUGUACGCGACGCACCCCGACCUCGCCGAGACGCUGCUCGAAAUGGUCCGCUUCAAGGCCCUGGGCGCCGCCACCGUCCCCCUGCCGGCCAACCCGAGCGAGGCGCAGGGCGAGCCUCCUCUCGCGUCGAGCAGCAGUGCCGGGCUGGUGACGGAACAAAGCGCGCUCGUGCUCACGCUCAUUGACGCCCUCCCCUUCCUGGCCCUGCCGGUGCUCGAGGAGUGGAUGACCACGGCGGCCGAGACCAUAUGGUGCAUCCAAGACGCCCAUGCGCGGGGCGGCCCCCUGCGGCAGGCGGCCCAGCGCCGCUUCUGGGAGGUCCUGGGCGGCGGCGAGAUGGACGUCGAGCGCGCCGCCAUUGGCGUCGCGUGGUGGGGCAACGGUGGCGGCGGCGAGCUGGUCUUGACGGGCCAGCGCGGCGGUGCGCGGUUUGCGCAGCAGCGGGCGACGGCGGCGACGACGGCGGCCGGCGGGCCCGUGGUCAUGAGCGGUGCGCUGCCCGGGCCCCCGGCGAACAAGCUGUAG